GAUGAAACCUAUUAUUGCUCUACAAGACGCCAUUUAUGAUUUACCAGCGCAUGAAGCAAACUAUAGAAAUUAAGUGAUUAACCCAAAAUACUUUUCUUACAAGCUUGGAGAGGGAGGGAGUGAUAGAAAUCGCUGAAAAUCAAGAAAAAUCUGCGAGGGAUCUUGUAGAAGAAGAAAAUGGAGUGCGUAUUUGGACUGGUGGGCAACGGUUUUGCACUGGUGGUCGCCGACAGCUCAGCCGUGCACAGCAUCCUCGUCCACAAAUCCAACGAGGACAAAAUCAUGAUCCUCGAUUCUCAUAAACUUAUGGGCGCUAGCGGCGAGGCCGGUGACAGAGUGCAAUUUACGGAGUACAUUCAGAAGAAUGUGGCUCUAUAUCAGUUCCGAAACGGUAUUCCUUUGACGACAGCAGCUGCGGCAAAUUUCACUAGAGGUGAACUCGCCACUGCCCUGCGAAAGAACCCGUAUUCUGUGAAUAUCAUCCUGGCUGGUUAUGACAAGGAAACAGGCCCGUCUCUAUACUACAUUGAUUAUAUUGCCACCCUUCACAAAGUUGACAAAGCAGCAUUUGGUUAUGGUUCCUAUUUCUCGCUUGCCAUGAUGGAUAGGCACUACAAGAAUGACAUGACAUUGGAAGAAGCCAUUGAUUUAGCAGAUAAGUGCAUAAUGGAGAUACGGUCUAGGUUGGUUGUAGCCCCACCGAACUUUGUGAUAAAAAUUGUUGACCAGAAUGGAGCCCGAGAGUACGCAUGGCGUGAAUCUAUCAAAGAUCCCCAUGUUCCUCCUCCAGUGGCUGCAUAACUGGUUGUUAGAGUAUGUUCAAACUGUCUUCAGAGAAUGAGGUGAGCACAAUUUAUCAAGUCAAUUGAAUCUUGAAUUGUUAUUAAGAUUUGGAGCAUUUUUCUCUUGGCUAGAAAUUAUUUUGUUUCAGCUCUAAUGGUUGCCUUAACUUUCAGAA